AGGAUUCCGCCACACAUGGAUGCUCGUCUCUCUCAGGCCGAGAACACCCAUCCAGAUGAGCUGGAUGAGGAGUUCGACACAUUCCCAACAUCCCGGCCAUCUGACCUAGUGAGGAUGAGAUAUGACAGGUUAAGAAGCAUAGCAGGCAGAGUGCAGUCCGUGAUUGGAGACCUGGCCACACAAGGGGAGAGGGCACUGUCGAUACUGGGGUGGAGAGAUCCAAGGGCAACAGCCAUCGUCAUCAUCUUCUCUUUAAUCUGGGCUGUGUUUCUGUAUGUCACUCCAUUUCAAGUUGUAGCAGUGCUCGUUGGCCUUUACAUUCUUCGACACCCGCGGUUUCGGAGCAAGCUGCCAUCGGUUCCUGUCAAUUUCUUCAAAAGACUAACAGCAAGGUCAGACUCUCUAAUAUGAGAUAAAGCUCAAGAUCAGGAUCAAGCAUUCAAAUUAAAGCAGAGAAUUUAUUGAGUGAAUAAGUUCCAAUAAAGCCUUCUAC